AUGGCCGCCGAUAGGACAUCCUUCAGCGCGCAGGUCAACAGCAUGACCUCAGGUGACAAGAAGAGUGCGGUGCCUGAUGAUACUUCUGAAUUGGUUGGAUUGAUUGACGAUCUACUGAACAACCUUUCGAAGAAAUUCGACGGUGUCUCGACCGAGAUUCUUUCCAAGAUGGACGAAAUGUCAAAACGGAUCGAGGCACUAGAAGCCAGCAUAUUGGCUUCGAAUACAGACGAAAACGGAUCACAUAAAGAUGUUCAAUGA